UUUUGUGGUUACUGUGGGGGAUGCUCAUGUGGCACAGCCCUGGCAAAUGACCUCGUAUCUGCAGUGGUCAUUUCAGCGGUGGAAACGUUGUUGAAAGCCAAAGUAUAAGGGAGAACUUUUCAAAGCCGGCAUGACUCACUGAGCGGUGAGAGUACCACAAAGUAUACAGGCAGCUGUGUUCACAAGACUGUUUUAAACUGACAGUUAACUUUUCAGUUGAAGUGUUAUGACUAGGGAAGAAGGUUACAGAGAAGAAUUUAGCUAUGACAGGAUGCCAACUUUGGAGCGAGGAAAACAAGAGAAUGGAAAUUAUAUACCAGAUAUCAAAUCAAGUGACCUUCAGCUGUCAAAAAGGCUGCAUCCUUGCUUUAGUUACAGAACAUGGAUCUUUUCUCUGCUGAUGGGAACUUGCCUCCUUAUGACUUCUGGUUUUUCACUUUAUCUGGGAAAUAUUUUUCCAUCUGAAAUGGAUUACUUACGUUGUGCAGCAGGUUCAUGUAUUCCUUCAGCAGUUGUGAGCUUUGCUAUAGCAAGGAAUAAAAUUAAUGUGAUACCAAAUUUUCAGAUUCUGUUUGUCUCUACAUUUGCUGUUACAACAACGUGUUUAAUUUGGUUUGGAUGCAAACUUGUCCUCAAUCCUUCAGCUAUAAAUAUAAAUUUCAACUUGAUUCUACUUAUUCUGCUGGAAAUCUUCAUGGCAACUACUGUGAUCAUUUCAGCUAGAUCCACUGAAGACUGCUGUAUGAGAAAGCAAAAUACUGCGUAUGACAGCACCAUUGUUUUGAGCAAUGUCAGCUUUCCUGCUCGAAUUCUGAAGUCAUACUCAGUAAUUGAGGUGAUUAUUGGAAUUUCAUCAGUAUUUGGUGGAAUAAUUGCUUUGAAUAUGGAUGUUCUAGUCUCAGGUCCAUAUUUAUCAGUAACAUUCUUUUGGAUCUUAGUUGCUUGCUUCCCAAGUGCUAUUGCAAGUCACGUAGCUGCUGAAUAUCCAAGUAAAUGUCUGGUUGAGGUCCUGAUUGCCAUUAGCAGUGUUACUUCUCCUUUGUUGUUCACAGCUUCUGCAUACUUAUCCUUCAGCAUCAUGCAAGUUGUUGACAUCUUUAAAAAUUACCCACCUGCUGUUAAACAAUCUUAUGAUGUACUUCUGUUGCUUCUGAUGUUGAUGCUGCUAAUUCAGGCAUGCCUUACUAUUGGAACUGUAAUACAGUGUGUAAAUUACAAGACAAAAAUGAAACUACAUGAUUCAUCGUGGACAGCAUCCCAGGUUAAAAAACAGGAAUACAGAACAACAGAGGUUUCCAAUAAUACCUUAAAGGACUUCGACAAAGACAAAGCCUGGAAAGCAGUUGUGGUGCAGAUGGCUCAAUAGUUUGGAUUCUGGAAAUGCAGCCAAUACAGUACAACCCAAUACAGUAAAUCAGCUGUUUGUAUUAAGGAGACUUAAAAACUUUUCAGUUUAUAAACAGCAAUAUAGUUACAGCAGUAGAAGCCAUAGGAAUAACACAGUAAAUAAUGUUUCUUUCUAAUAAGUUUAAAAUAUAUUGAUAAUACUUUUAAUAAAUCUGUCUUUUCUGUCAUUAUCUGUAUCUGUUGUUGCUGUAGAAGAUUCCUUUAAAAAAAAAAAGGUAAUGAGUCACAUAGAUUUCUGUUGAUGGCAAAGUAAAACAAGGCAAUAUGUAGUAGGCUUCAUGUAUUUGCAAGAGGUUGUUAAAACUGCAGUUAUGCAGUCAGUGUAACUGAUAAAUGCUUUUGUAAAGUUAUGAGUACAUGUCAUAAUUGAUAUUUUUGCUUAUACUUCACUUUUGUAGGAGUUGUGAAGUUGUUUUGCAUCUCAUUGCUUUUAUAUAAAUUAAAGUCUUUAUUACAUGAAACUCAA